GAAAAACUUUUUUUAAAACGAAAGAUUUUAAUUUUCUUUAUUAUAAAAACUAACAAAGUGUUUAAUAUAACAAUAAAUAAAGAGAACAAAUAAGUUUUUAAAUUUUAUAAAAAUAAAUGAAAAAGUUAAUAAUCUUAAAGGAAAUUAAGAUAACAAAAAAAAAAAAAACAAGGAAGGCGUGUUCUUCUCUUUUAACCAACAACAACAACGUUGAAUUGCAAGAAAAGUGGAAAAAGGUGUGAAAUGUGAAAAUCAAUAACAAAGUAAAAUACACGUUAAAUGGUGAAAAUUGAUGAAAAAUAACAAAAAAAAAAAUACAAAAUAUUAUAGUAUAUUUAAGAAGUAAAUUAAAAGAAAGUGCAGUGUAAGUUUAGUUGUUGCUGCAGCAAGAAAAUCUUAUUGUAAAGUUUAAGAUAAAAAAGAUCUAAUAGAUUUUCUAACAAAAAAGAAAGCAUAAAAAAACCACUUUAAUAAUAACAAAAACAAAACUAAAAGAGAAAAAAGAAGAUUUUGGAGUAAUUGUUUGUUGUUGUCGUUGCUAUAUUGCAAUUUCUUGUUCUUGUUACAAAUUUAUAAGGAAAAAAAUAGAGAAUACAAACUAUAACGAAAACAAUAACACAAAUAUACAACUACAAAUAAGAUAAAACAGCAACAAUCAUAUUUUCGAUAUUUAACAUAGCAGUCGACGUAGCAGCAACCGCUAAAAUAUAAACAUUCAACACUUAUUCACACUCUACAAAAUUUUAAAGUUUUCUUCAGCUCCUUCAAUAUGGUUGAUGCCACGAAAAAUGGUGGUGUUACCGCCAUUGUGGAGUAUGAUUACACAGCCAAGGAACCAGAUGAACUAGAUCUAAUCAAAGGUGCUAUAAUACACAGUAUUAAACAGAUGCCAGGUGGCUGGUGGGAGGGUACAUUACAAACAAAUGGCAAAACGGGCAUGUUUCCAGAUAAUUUUGUUCGUGUUGUCGAUAUGAAUGAGGAUAAUACAGUGGUAUUAAGAGACAAAACGACGACGAGUAAUCGACGCUGUAAAGUUAUUUACAGUUAUACGCAAGUCAACGAUGACGAACUAUCGCUGGCCGUGGGUGAUGUCAUUGAAUUCCUAGGGGAGGUCGAAGAAGGCUGGUGGCGUGGACGUUUAAAAAAUAAAAUUGGUGUUUUUCCUUCAAAUUUUGUUAAACUUAUUGAAUCAUCUCCCGUAUUUGCCAGCAAACGACCACCAUCACAAUCAAAACAAAUAACUAAAAGUGCUAAUAAUACAGUAGCUGCCACUUCGUCAACAUUAACUGCAUCAUCAGCGUCUUCAAUAUCUACAGCAGCCGGCACAAAGAAAAUAAAUCGUCUUAGUUUUCAUAAUUCCAAAGAAGAUUUACUUGCUGCUGCCACCACAAUUACCAGCAACAAUUCUUCAACUCUAACAUCCGGCACAACAGUGGCAGCAACAACAACAUCGUCAGCAUCAUCAUCAUCAUCACUGUUACUGGGUGGUGCUGGAGGCGAUGAUGCUGCACCCAGUUUGCCACCGAAACCUCAACGAGAUUAUUGUCGUGUUGAAUUUCCCUAUGCACCACAAAACGAUGAUGAACUUGAGCUGAAAGUAGGUGACAUUAUAACCAUACACAGUAUGGAUUUGCCCGACAAGGGUUGGUGGAAGGGUGAAUUAAGAGGAAAAAUUGGUGUGUUUCCAGAUAAUUUUGUUAAGCUUAUGGCUCCAUCAGAAGUUUCGCCACUUAAUGAUCUGCAACAGCAACAAUCACAACCUCAACAAACCCAUAGAACAACUGCCAAAUUAACAAAUACUACAAACACUACAACUACCACCAAUAAUUUAACCACAACAACCGGUGCAACAACGAGCAAUGUCAAAUCGUUGAUUAAGAAAUCGGGUAGUUCUUCAUCCACUCAAAGUUCCAAUCGUAAAGAUAGUUUUGGUUCACGAGAUUCUUUAAACGAUAUUCUUUCGGAAACUGGUUUGCCUACGGGCAAUGUAGCUGCUCAGCGUAAAUCUUUGGAAAAUAAAAAUUUAGAUUUAACAAAUGCCUCCGAUGUUGCAGCUCGUUUGGCCCUUAAGAAACAACAUAUGCAACAACAACAACAGCAACAGCAGGAGAGUAAAACGAUUACAUCGUCGAUUAGUAGUAAUAAUAAUACCACAUCAACUACCUCGACAUUAAUAACAACAGCCACUUCUGCCUCCUCCACCUCAUCCAGUGAGCUACGCAAGAGUAUGGAAAAUAUGGAUGAGAAAACAACAGCAGCAACAAAAACGACACCACCACCAGUACUUAAUAAAAAGCCUUCAGUGCCUGUUAAGAAAACCACUACAGUAACAAGCAUAACAGGCAACAUCUUGUCGGGGAUCAAGCAAAAAGUCAAAAAUGUCGAAAGUAAAUUAACCACCGCAGCAUCACACGACUACGCCGAUGGUGUAGGCAGUAGUAAAUUAUCACCCAGCUAUGCCAGCGAUUCGGGCAGUGGAGGUGUAGUGAUGAGAAGAGCCGCCACCAUAGCCGUAGAAGAUACAGAUUUUGAUCGCGUUGAACGCGGUUCAAUAUUACCCGAUAUGCGCGCUGGACGCGUUAAAGCGCCAAAACGUAGACCUCCAUCAGCGGCCAUAAACGCCAUAGGCGAAAGCAAUAACAAUUCUCUAUAUGUCAAUGGCAAUGGCAGUGAUACAACACAAAGUGGUGAUGAUCAAUUAAAAUCGGAUGAUAAUUCAACGGGAGAGGAGCAAUUAGCCAAACCAAAACCUAGAGAAUGGGAAAAGAAAAAGGCACCCUGGAUGGAAGAAUUAAAAGCAUCACAGGUUAAAAAGAAAACAUCACCUAGUGUAAGUGAUGGUGUAACAGCAACAACCGAUAGAAGUUCGAAAUUAUUAAGUGAGGAACUGAAAACAACAAAUAAUAUCAGCUCACAGGUGUCGAGUUCAAUGCAAGCCACAAAUUCUAGCACCUCUGCCACGGCCAGCUCGACAAAAGUGCAAUCAUCAUCGGUUUCAUCAACCAGCAUUAUGCAACAAUCCAUGAUAGUGGAAAGCAGCAGUAGUACUACUAGUAGUAGCAGUAAUACUACAGCUAAAACUCUAAGCGAAGCCAUGACUAAAAGUUUAAGUGCUAAAUUAGCCAAUGAUGUGAUGGCGGCUUCGAAUAAUACCUCCCUCAAUAACAGCUCCUCUGGCCAUGUGGUGGACGAUGUACGGGCACGACCCAAUAGUCUGUCAAUACGUAAUCGUAGUGCCUCUCCCUCAAUGGCGGCCACACGUAAUAUCUUAAAACCAAACUCUGUGGCGGCCAACACCACCGUCAACAACUCUGCCUCACCAGCUGAAGCCUCCAGCAGUAAUAACACACACCAUUCGAGCUCCACAAACACUACACAAACAUCCACAGUUGCCAAAUCUUCAAAUCUAAAUAGUUCUAGCAAUCAUGUGCUAAAUAAUGGUGGUGCCACUACCACAGCCGGGUCACAACAUAAAAUUGCUGAACUGGAAACGCGUGUGGACAAAUUGGAAUUGUUGGUCCAUGCUCAACAGCGUACAAUCGAUGAACUUGUACGUACAUUGCGAGAAGAAACGGAUCGCAACAAAGUCUUACGCGCUGAACUGGAUAAAUAUGCACAGUGCGUUACGCAAGUUUAAGAAAAAAAAACCUAAAAACUAAGAAAAAAAUCACUUAAAUAUUUUUUUCUAUUUUUAUGUGCUUAGAAAAAUUAUGUUUAGAGUAUUUUAUUUUAUAGUUUUUAUUUUUGAACACUUUUUUAAGCAUUUUAUAUUGUGUGUGUGUGUGCGUUAUUUUCUAAUUAAUUAUUUCCCCCCUUUGUAAACUAGACAUUUAUUAUUCAAAUACUUCUUAACCAAACAAAAAGUCUGUUUUAAAUAUAACCUUGUUGCUUUUUUAUUUCAAAAUAUACUCCGUAAACGCCUACACUUUUUAAAAAUCACAAAAAAACGUAAAAACUUAACACGUUUUUUUUAGUAUAUUUUACAAAGUUUUAUAUUUUUUACAUACUAAUUUAUGGAAAUCAACAAUUACCAGAAUUUUUUAUGAUAUAAAGUAGUUUGAUGUUAGCAAUUUUAUACGUUAAUUUUUUUAAUAAUUAAUUUUUAUUAUUUUCAUAGUCUUGUCUAGUAUUUUUAAUAUUGUUUUAAUUUCUAAAGACCAGUAUGACGGUCAGUAUUACUUUAGAAAACAAAAACUUUUCGUUUUUGAUGCUCUAAAAAUUGGAGCUCUAGCUUAUUGAUAAAUGGACAGUGUAUUAAAGACAAUGAAAGUUUUUCCCUCAUUUUCUUAAUGAAUAGCAAGUCAAGGUUUUGCAGUAAACUUAAGAUAAGAUUUUAAAGAAAAGGAGAUUCAAAAAAGGCUAAACCCUAAGCCUACACAUUGGGCUUUGAGAUGACAGAAACAAUGUUAUAAUUUUAUUGAUAAAUGGACAGUGUAUUAAAGACAAUGAAAGUUUUCCCCUCAUUUUCUUAAUGAAUAGCAAGUCAAGGUUUUGCAGUAAACUUAAGAAAAGAUUUUAAAGAAAAGGAGAUUCAAAAAAGGCUAAACACUAAGCCUACACAUUGGGCUUUGAGAUGACAGAAACAAUGUUAUAAUUUUGUAAUAUAACUCUUCAAAAAUGGCAAAAAUCAACUUGACUUUAGAGUAUAGACUAUAGACUGGGCCAUAGACUAUAAACUAGUCUAUACUAUAGAAUAGACUAUAGACU